UAUAAAGCCUGAGACGACCCAGCCUGGCAUCAUUCCUUCACCACCACCAACCAUCAUGAAGUGUGCUGUGCUCGUACUCCUGGCUAUGGCCGCCCUGGUCGCCGCUCGCCCCGACAAUGUCCUCGACCUGGACCUGGACGACCUCCACCACGACCAGAGCAUCGAUGACGACGCCACCAUCACCGGCACCUACAGGUGGACUUCUCCUGAAGGAGAGGAAUUCUUCGUGAGCUACAUCGCUGACGACAAAGGCUACCGCGUGGUAGAGUCCAACGCCGUCCCCGUCACCGCUGACGGCGUGGCAGCCAACGGUGCCCAGGGAUCCCUCAGCUCUGAGGAAUUUGAUGAUUAAAUGAUAAACAAGACAACACAAAUGGCUGUGUUGGAGCAGCUCACUUCUGAAAGGUGAGGAGCCGCUUCGAUGCACUGACGUCAACACCUGCGGGUGGUGGAGGGUGGCGGGCGAGGCUUCCUGAGGAACCCUCACGACCUUCCCCCACCUCUCACCCACGCCAACAUCUUCACAAGGUUCCCUUGAGUUAAUCUUCUCUCACCAGGAGACUUCUCACCAACUCUCUUCAUUGCCAUAUGUUUAAUAUUUAUUUAUUUUAAAUAAAAUUUUCUUAAAGAAUUGAAAA